CUUCUUAUGGUUAAGGAGAACAAUCUUCUACCAGCACAGUGGGAAUUGGCUAAAGAAAAGAUUGUGAAGGCUCUGCUGGCAAAACUCCUCUGAACUGCUGAGAGGCGGGAGCAUAAGAGCACUCAGCGAACUAAGGAAGGGGAAGGAAGAGGAGGUUUGAACUACGAGCUGCUGCUGUUGCUGCUGCAAUGAACUGGCUGGACGAACCAAACUGGCAACUUCACAUUUCCUUCCUUGUGCUGCUCUCCAUUCACACGAAGGCAAACUUCCUAGACAGCAGGCCCUUGAGGAAUUCUGGGAAAGGGAACAUUGAUGCCAGGAAAGAAGAUGGGGGGAGCACAGCAGCUGCUCCUCCCCAGAAGAAACUGUGGUGUCACUGUCAUCACUACUGUCCUGAAAAUUCAAAAAACAACACCUGCAGCACUGAUGGCUACUGUUUUGCAAUGGUGGAAGAAGAAGACUCUGGAGGACAGACUUUUACCACAGGCUGCAUAGGUUUAGAAGGUUCUGACUUCCAGUGUCGAGACACUCCACUGUCUCAACCAAGAAGAUUAAUUGCAUGCUGCACGGAUCAGGAUUUCUGCAAUAAAGAUCUUCACCCUACUCUGCCACCACUGGAAGAUCAAGCUUUUUCAGAAGGAAAUGCUCACCACAAGGCUCUGCUAAUUUCAGUGACUGUCUGUAGCAUCCUCCUAGUGUUCAUCAUCAUAUUCUGUUACUUCAGGUAUAAAAGGCAAGAAAGCAGACAACCUCCUCAUUACAGCAUUGGACUUGAACAAGAUGAGACUUACAUUCCACCAGGAGAAUCCUUGAAAGAUCUCAUUGAACAGUCUCAAAGCUCAGGAAGUGGUUCAGGGCUCCCUCUGUUGGUACAGAGGACUAUAGCAAAGCAGAUUCAGAUGGUGAAGCAGAUUGGCAAAGGUCGCUAUGGAGAGGUUUGGAUGGGAAAGUGGCGAGGAGAAAAGGUGGCUGUCAAGGUUUUCUUCACCACAGAGGAAGCCAGCUGGUUUCGAGAGACAGAAAUCUAUCAGACUGUCCUGAUGAGGCAUGAAAAUAUUUUGGGAUUCAUUGCUGCAGAUAUUAAAGGGACUGGAUCUUGGACACAGCUUUAUCUUAUCACAGAUUAUCAUGAGAAUGGAUCCCUGUAUGAUUAUCUGAAAUCUACUACCUUAGAUACAAAAGCUAUGCUAAAACUGGCAUACUCAUCUAUCAGUGGAUUGUGUCACUUGCAUACUGAGAUCUUUAGCACCCAAGGCAAACCAGCCAUUGCUCACCGGGACCUCAAAAGUAAAAACAUUCUGGUGAAGAAGAAUGGCACUUGCUGUAUAGCAGACCUUGGUCUGGCGGUUAAAUUCAUUAGUGAUACAAAUGAAGUGGAUAUCCCACCAAACACCAGAGUAGGAACAAAACGUUACAUGCCCCCUGAGGUGCUGGAUGAAAGUUUGAAUCGAAAUCACUUUCAAUCAUACAUUAUGGCUGAUAUGUACAGCUUUGGGCUCAUCCUUUGGGAAAUAGCAAGGAGAUGUGUUUCAGGAGGUAUUGUUGAAGAAUACCAGCUUCCCUAUCAUGAUCUUGUUUCAAGUGACCCUUCAUAUGAAGACAUGAGGGAAAUAGUAUGUAUCAAGAAAUUACGGCCUUCGUUUCCCAAUAGGUGGAGCAGUGAUGAGUGCCUAAGACAAAUGGGAAAAUUAAUGACUGAAUGCUGGGCUCACAACCCUGCUUCUCGGCUCACAGCCCUGCGAGUAAAGAAAACACUUGCCAAAAUGUCAGAGUCUCAGGACAUUAAGCUUUGAUUCAGCUAAGAAAAGCUAAAGCUCAGAAAAAAUGGACUUUCCUUCGUGUUUCAAAGAGACAGGAAGAAGAAUUACAUGCCUUCAGUAAUAUGAACCUUGAAUGCCAAUUUUGGCAAAGCAUUUGCACACUGGGGCAUAAACCUUUCCAGGGGAAAGAAAUGUGGCUCAAUCAAGUAUUUUUGGUUCCUGUAUGACCAGACAAGAAAACUUUUAGCCUCUUUGGAGACUGAGGCAAGAGAAUGUAUCGAUAACUGUUUCUAGACUAUGCAUGCUGCUUUCUGUGAAAGUCUUUAUUAUUAAUAUUAUUAUUAAUAUUUGGAUUGUUUAAUUUUCAUGGGAAUGAACCAUUGCAGUUACAAAGUACAAGAAAAGAAGUAUUUUCUAACACUAAAAAAAAAAUACAAAAUUGCAUCCAAAGUCCUAUUAUUUCCUACUGAUAGAAAAGUUUGUUGCACUCUUAAGAUGACCCAAACCUGCCAUGUAAUCAGUGAAUAAAAAAAAUCCAAUUAAAACAGUGUGCAAUUAUCUAGGCACAAUAUGACUGUUGACUUGUUAUGUAGGAUACAUGCUACACCUGAGAAAAGGCUCUCACAUCUGAGGAAAAUUGCUGAAAUUGCAGCCAAGCAGUGCCUUGAGUACAGAAGUUAUUCACAUGCAGUUCCUGUGCAUAACCUUUAACAUUUUACAGUCCUGAAACUUGCAGGAGCAUGUCAUCAGAGCAAAUUUCCCUUGGCCAAUUCUAAAUUGUGAUACUUGUAGAAACAUGGUCUUUGGUCAAACCCAUAGGGUGUAUCUUCUGCAUAAGUCUCAUGGAAAUCUGGGAGUGAUAUCAGGAUAUAGUUAUUCACUUAAUGGGGCUUAUACAAGGUAUUCUGACAGAGGACUGUGCCUUUGGGGGCUAUUUGAUUAAUUUUUGGCAUUUUACACUCAGUGUUUUGAAAGAAUUGUAUUACAGAACAUUUGUUAAAGGUUGAACUUGUAUAUUCUCACUAGCAUUUCAUCUACCAUCCGUCAAUGGUAAAUGAAGCUGUUCCCAAAAUUUCAUUAAAAACCUUUUGCCUUAAGGUAACUGAGUUAAAAUAAACUGUGUUGAUAGAAAAGUUUUGUAAAAGAGUUAUCUGAAUGUGGAAAUUAACUGAAGGAUAAAAAAUCUGGAGAAUGUUUUAGAUACAUAAACUAAACAUAGAUUUGGAGAAAAAACUGUUUAAUUUCAGGGUAGUUUUAAAAAUAUAUUCUCAGCUUAACAGAAAAUUCAGGUGUUUUAAUGUGAAGGACAUUGUAUGUACUGAUGACUUAGCAGGAUGCUUCAUUCUUGUCCAAAUUCUCAUUGGAAUCCUAGAGAAGAGUUAAGGAAGUGUUUCCUUUUAUUGUUUUUUUUUUAAAUAUGUAAAUUGGACAAAGCUAAUCCCUUACCCAGGAUUCCAUAAUUCGGGUGAAAAGGAUAAUCUUGAUUAAGAUUUUGAGCCAGGAUGCAGAAAACUGCAUAUUUCAGAAUUCCUGUGGCAUUUUCUCUCAAUUUUGAUCUUUUAACAAAUUUUUAAAGAUCAGUUUCAGUAUAUUACAGGAAUAGUUUUGAACAUGCAUCUCAGCUUCUCUUUGCUUCAAAAUCUGUACAGUUCAGUAUUUUCCCUUUUGAUGAACUAAUUUAAAUAAGAAUUGUUCAUUUAAAGAAACACACAAAACAGUAAAAGCUAUAAAUAGGGUACAUUUACAAAUGAUAGAUCAUUGUGCCAUGGUUAUGCCUCCCCCCCAAUAUUUAUUAUGUGCAUAUUAAUCUUGAUGUAAGUUUUUAAAACAAUUUGUCUGCAGAAUAGUUUUGAAUGUGAGGUUCAAAAACACAGUUAUUGACUGGCUUUUGCAGAACAGAUUGGGAAAAUAUAGAUUUGAGGAGCUGAGAUUUUCUGCAGUGUCUUUCAUUGAAAGACAUUUAAAACUAGGAGGCACCAUGCAUUUUCUCAUUCUAAAAACAAUGUAUUAAUAGGACAUUUUUGAAAUCAAUUCUCUUCCUGUAUCACUGAAAUUGGUGGAAUUCUACAUGUCAGAUAACUUGACUUCCUUUCUCUUUGUAAGGUGCAUGGAUGUAAGAACAAGGGUAAUGUAAAGUUACCUUGGCAGAUAUGAUUGGAACAGGAACAAAUAUAAAUGAUAGUUUGAAAUUAUUUCCAACACUGAAUUUCAGAGAAGAAUACUGAUAUAUUUGGAUAGAUCUGUAAGUUCAUUAGUGUAUCCUUUUAAAAUGGCACUUUUAGUAAUAUGAACGAAUUUCUAUAUUCAAUCCCUCAGACGAUGCCACAGAGCCAUCUAGAAAGAUUCAUUAAUCAAAUGCAGCACAGAGUCUCCAUAUUCUUAAAACCUGGAUGGACUUAUUGCUGUAUUCAGUUAAGCAUGGCUGAUUCUCAUUGAUUUGGAGUAAUUUAUAGGCUAUUCUAAAAGCAAUUUGACUUCUGAAGCUAUUAGCUGCUUUUACAUGAACACUUCUGUUCUAAAGCAGAGUUGAUCAUGCACAAAACCAGUCUCUUCAUAAGUUGUACUCUUCUUUCUCCUGGGUGCCUUGUGUCUUGACAGCUGGUGUUCAUAAAUUACCCAAGCCAUGAUUGUGAUUAGCUUAAUGGAGGUGAAGAAUGCAGAGCUCUAAAGAGUCUCCUACAUGGUUUGAACCAAGAGACAAAUAACCAAUUUAAGCUCUGACUACAUCAUACAUGUACUGCAAUUAAAGUACAGAUCUCCAAGACAUCUCUAAUUCCCCAGAAGUAUGAAUUCCUCGUAGCAUUUGGGCAUAUCCCUGUAGCUUAAAGCAUGUGUUAAAAACUUGAAGAAGAAUAAAUUCUGCCAUUUCAAAGCAGAAUAAAGUGAUAAAAUAAAGAAACCUAUUGGCCCCACACAAUAUUUAUAGUCAAGUUGCAUUAUCUUCAUUGUUACUGUAUCCAGUUCAGGCUGUAGUUCUUACACUUCACCACUCAGUCCUGAUUAGUAGGCUACCAGAAUUUGUAAAAAGUUAUUUAGUAAUUUUGGAAUAAAUGUGCACACAGAGUAGUUGCAGCAUUCGAGAAACCAUCAGGUGACUGAAUUAUCAUCAAGGCAAGUUUUGAUUCAUUUAAUUUAAGUCCUCUCAGGGCUCAACAUUCUUUCAUUAUCUCCUUCUCUUAAAAUGUCUCUAAAAGUCUCAAAAUCUGCAAAUCAUUUCAGUGCUGACCUUAAAGCUGAUUUUUUUAAAAUCUGUUUUUGAAAGAAGGGGUCAUCAGGUGGCAGCAUCCUCAAGUUGUUGAAUAUCUGUGUGAUUUAAAUCUAUCUGGAUGCCUAGAUUUAAAUAUAUGUGUGUUUGUGUCUCACACAUUGUUGGGAAUUGGAAUAACUCCACUAUGUAGAUCAAAUGUAAGCUGUUAAACAGUAGCCAAUAAAAGCCAAAAAUAAAACUUUAAUUUAUGAAGACAUAUUAGUUACCUCUUCACAGUGACAGCGUGAUCUGAAAACAAAGAAAAGAAUAUAGUAUUUUUUCUUCAUUUCUGUUUUGCUCCAAGAGUGAAUCAUGCAGUCACAGAAACAGGUAUGAAUGAUUCAAACUGCUGUCCACAAUGGUUAUUUUGUUUAGGAUCUAUUAUAUUUCAUACCUCCAAAUUUAUAUCAGUCAAGUAUAGGCACUACUAGGGGGAAAAUUCCUGAGUUUCUUCAAAGAAUACUAAGUUUAAAAUGUCUAGAAAGUUGUAAGACUGUCAGUUACAUUGAGAAGAUAGGAAGUUUGAGAUGAACAAUGAUUUGAUCUUUGUUAAUGCAGUCAAGGAAGGUUAACAAUGUAAUUUUUGAAUGAUACUGAUUUGUGUUCUGCUUGCAAGAACCAGUGCCUUUUUCAAUCUGUAAAUACUGUAAACAGAAACAUACGGAACAGGCCUGGGUUGUAAUUGUUCAUAAUGUUGUAUUUCAUUUUAACAUUCCCCAAAUAAAAUGUUUUCAA